CAACUGAAGCGGCAACAAGGUGAAGCCCCGCGCGGUUCACCGGCUUUUACUGGAGAUUAUUCUCGCAAACGGACACCAAACUAGUUCCGAUAACGGCUUAAUGUGUCCAACUGUUUGUCCCGAACUUGGGUCGAACAGCUGACAACCCAGCGCAACAGACAGGAACAAACCAACUCCACCCAAAAGAAGAGCAAAUGAUUCAAGAAGAAGAUGAAGCUGAUGAGGAAAUCCAAUCUUUACAGCAAACAACGAGCCAAGCACCUCAAAGCAGCUCUCCUGUGCCAAAUGAGUCUGAAAUCGAGACAGAAGAGCAAUCUUCCGAUCUUCUUAUUCCUGAAGCAAAUGCGAAUGAGGAAGUGGUUGAAGUGAGUCCGAUAUCUGCCAGCGAGCAACAUUCCCAAGAAUUUCCGCUGUCCAGAAGCGAUGAAUUAUCUUUAACGGGAAAGGAAAGCGAGCAGAGCAGUGUCGCCACUGUAGGACAGAAAAGGAUUAACCUGAAAGUGAUUAUUACAAAGACUACUAGUGAUGAAGCAAGUGAAUCCGAGAGGACCUCCUCGUCUGCUUUCCCCAGUUCUGAGAACGUUGCAGAGAAGGAAGAAUCUUUGCAGACAGUUGGUACAGAUAUAUCUCACGAUGACACCUCUGCGGAGAUGGAAUUUACAAGUGGUAUACCAACCAUUGAAACAGCGACAUCAGAGGGAGAAGAGGCAUCUAUUGCAGAGGAAGAAGAAAUAGAAGAAGACGAAGAAACAAAACAGAGAAAGUUUGAACGUAUAAAAUUGGAAUUGAAAUUUAAAGAAUUGUUUGACGAACACAGUAGGUUUAAGCUCCUUAAUACCCAAAUACAAAACAAACUGGCUAAUUACUACAAGAAGAAAGCAGAGGAAUCAAAGAUUGAGUUAAAGAAGCCCCAAGCAGAUUAUGAUCAGCGCUACGGGAAAUUCAUGGACGUUCUGGCUAAGGUGCAGGACACGUACAAGGAAGAGAACGAUCAUUUCCAGGAGCAGAUCGAUGAGCUCAGUGGUAAUUGUGAGGAGCAACAGCAGCUGACUGAUUAUGCAUGGAGGAUGUUUCAGUCCAGGAAGAAAGUUGUAGCAAAGAAUGCAUUGAACAAACGGUUAGGAAGGCAAGCAGCGCUCCAGGAGUUAGAGCGGGUUCAAAGCAUUGAGGAGCAGAAAGAGAAGGAGAUGAGGCAGAUCCGAUUCCUGAUCAUCAAGAUGAAGAAUAAACUGAAGUAUUAUGAGCAUCAGUUGAAGGCGAAGGAGGAACUGGCUGAUGGACUCAAUCUGAUCGACUACGAGCAGCUGAAAAUCGAGAACCAGUCAUACAGUGAAAAGAUUGAAGAACGGAUUGAGGAAGUCACCAAAAUGAAGAAGAAAAUAGCAUCCACCAUCGAGGUGCUGACUCACAUCAAGGAAAAGCUGGAGUACGUGGAGAAAGAGAACGAGGAGAAGAAAAUUCGACUCAGGGAGGUUGAGGCGGUUGUGGCGCAGAAGAGAGAGAUUUUGACCAAGACCAAGCAAGCACGAGACAGAGUGCGGACGGCCAACCACGAGCUGAAGGAGAAAUGUGGUCUGCUGUGCAACAAGCUGUUGCUCCGCGACCUCGAGGACAACGUGGACGCCAACGAGAGACUGCAUCACCAGCUGGAGGAACUAAAAAGGCGCCACACCGACCUAACUCUCGACUCCUAUGGAAUCAAGAAGAAAAUUGAGUGGGUGAAGAUGGGACAGGUACAGACUUAGCGGGUGGUGAGGGAAGACUUUCCACUUCAUGCUGUUACGAUCAAUGACUUCAUUCUUGAUUCCUAUGUGUGAGGAGAAGACAUUGGGGCUGGUUAUACAGGUAUCGUAAGCCAUGAAAUGAGUACAACUGCAGCAGAUCCACCAAGACCUAGACUGGCCACCAAGGAGAAACCAGGGUUCUCAUCCACUGUAUGAUCUGAAUCUUGUUCAAAUACAACUAAAGUUUUGGAAAUUUUUUUUUAAUAUUCUUGCUCCACAUUCCUUCUUCUUGCGUGCGGCGUGCACAGCCUAAAGUUGUAGGACAACUUGUUCUAUUUGAUCUUACUUGAUUGUGCACGGCAGGUUGAUUGCAUUCGUCGAAACAGGGCGGACCACACUCAAGGUUGCAAUCUCCCACUCCCGCUCCACAUUCCAAAUCAACAUUUCAAGCCAUCGCAGCUGAAUGAAUUCAUUCGGAGGAGUGGGAGAAAUCAUUGUUCCCAUUUCUCCUGGAGAGAACCCAAACAGACUGUUUAACGGAUGGGUGGGCAAAUGACGGGUGUGAAGACCAAAGUUUGAUACUUAAAGGUAGAACUCUACUGUUUAACGUUCCUGAAAUGACACAAUAGUAACUGAACCCGCAAAGCCGAAAUUAUCUUCUCCGGCAGCUCGUUCCAUACACCCAUCACCCUUUGUGUAAAAAUGUUACCCCUCCCCUCGGAUUCCUAUUAAAUCUUCUCCCCCCCCUCACCUUAAACCUAUGUCCUCUGGUUCUUGAUUCCCCAACUCUGGGCAAGAGACACUGUGCGUUUACCCGAUCUAUUCCUCUCAUGAUCUUGUACACCUCUACAAGUUCACCCUCGUCCUCCUGCGCUCCAAGAAAUAGAGUUCUAGCUCUUUCUGCAAAAUGCAUUGGGCAAUCUGGGUUUCGAUGAUUUAAUAUUUACCUCACUUUUACAAACGUUGAGAUGAGUGUGCGUUCGGAAAAGUAUCAACCUUGGACAACGACCUAACAUCAAUAGACAAAAGUCGUCAAACCAACAACGGAGAUACGAGUGUGGGGUGAACAAAAGGUUGUCAAAAAAGACAGGUUUCAGGAGAGACAAAGAGAGAGUGUUGAGGGAGACCCUGACUGUCCUUGCAGGUGGGGCAGAAGUUCACUUGCACCUCCUCCAACCUCAUCUAACGUAUCCGCUGUUCCGGGAAAAUCUGAAUGAUCGGCCUUAAUAUAUGAAUGUUCAAUUCUUCCAUCAGACACAAUCAUUCGGAGCCAGACACCAAUACUACAUGCAGUUUCAUUAAUUAAAAUAGUUUUGAGACACACAUGAGACUGCCGAUCAUGUAAAGUCAAUAUUAAUCA